AUGUCUACGAGACCUACACUAACAGUAAUAAGGUCACGGACGAUCUCCAGGACAGCCGAGACAACAUCGAAGACAUCUGGACCGAGUGGUUCGAUCUGGCGGUCACUACCGCGGCAAAUGUAGGUGUUGUACCUUCCAUCCCGCGCCGGACCAAUCAGCAGCAGCAUCGCGACAAUGUACCAGCCCAGACACCAUCUGAUUACUAUAAGAGGGCAGUUGCCAUUCCCCUUCUAGACCAUCUACAAUCAGAGAUGAAAACAUACUUCAAUCCUACUAAUGAUGCUGUCUUGUCCAGCCUCUUUAAUCUUCUUCCUCAGCUGGUAGCCGUCGGAGACAGAAAUCCUGACAUUGAAGCAGCGCUGGAGUUUUAUGAGCACGAUCUUCCUUCUCCUCAUGUGGUUGAUGUUGAGCUCCUGCGAUGGAAGAGAAAGUGGUGCAGCACUGAGGAUGCCGACCUUCCCACCAGUGCAGUUCAGACACUCGCAGCAUGCGAUCGAGAGUUCUUUCCUAACAUCCACACCUUGAUCCGCAUUUUGUGCACGUUGCCGAUAACGUCAGCUGAAUGUGAGCGCUCAUUCAGUGCACUAAGAAGGUUAAAAACAUACCUGAGGUCGACCAUGUCAAGCGAGCGAGAGUCUGGGCUGGCGUUGAUGAACAUCAAUUACCACCGAGACAUAAAUAUCGAGGAAGUGAUAAACACGUUC